AUGUACCGCCAUCGGUGGCAAGGACACGGGUGGCACACGACCAAGCUCCACGCCUUCCUCCCACCGCGAGCCCGAUUCGACCAGGUCCAUGGCGAUAUAGUCGGCCCACCACCCCCAUCCCACGGUUACAAGUACAUCCUGAUUUGUGUGGACCGGUAUACAAGUUGGCAUGAGGCUGUUCCCCUAGCUGAUAUCUGCGCCCAAACCGUCGCCGAAGUCUUGGUAACCACAUGGGUAGCACGGUUCGCCUGUCCUUCCACUGUCACAACGGACCGGGGUCCACAGUUCCGUUGUGCCCUCUUCUCAGCCCUCACCAGCAUCCUCGGAGCGCACCAUAUACAGACAGCCGCCUACCACCCAGCGGCGAAUAGUUUGGUCGAGCGCCUGCACCGCCAGUUGAAAGUAGUCCUCACUGCGCAACCCUCCCGAUUACGCUGGGCCCCACAUCUUCCCUUUGCGCUGCUCGGCAUACGCGUUGCUGUCAAGCAGGAUCUCCGGUGCGCACCAGCAGAGCUCGUUUAUGGUUCCCCUCUGCGCCUUCCUGGAGACCUCCUCACCCCCAGCGCCGAUCUACCGCAUCCAUCCCACAGUGACUACGUUCGGGACCUAAAGGAGUUAUUCCAACACGUCACUCCCGUUCCACCUCGCAUGCCAACCCGUCGCAUAGUCUUCCUUAGCCAGGGCCUAAGCACGGCGACGCAUGUUUUCGUCAGAAACGACCGUGCGAAACCCUCGCUGACGCCGCCUUACUCCGGUCCAUAUCCCGUCCUAUCCCGGACACCCAAGACUGUGCGUAUCGAGAUCAACGGCAAGCCGGACACCGACGCCCUCGAUCGAGUCAAGCCUGCUUACAUCGCAUCCUGCCUUCCCUCGUCCGCUCCCCUUACCCUCGACGGCGCCUGUCCACAUCAGGUCACGCCAACCAAACAUGUCACUUGGGCAUUCGCUACGUCGACCGUUCCUUUUUGGUACGGUCUGGGGGAGCCCAGUAGCGCCCUCGGUGGCAAGGACACAAACGAAAAACGAAGAAUAAACGAGCGCGCCCCAGUUCAUUCCUGGCAGCCGCUCAGAUCUACAGGUACGCAACGUCCCUUCUCGAAAGAGCACACUUGGUGUAUCCCCGAACAUUACCGUAGAUGA